CAUUCCGUCUAUUUAUGUUUGUUCUUAUCCUUUUAACCGGUAAACAAAUUAUUUAUCCUUCUCUUGUCUCUCCAGUAUUCAAAGUAUUUCUUUCAUUAGCAUUAUUAAGAAGUACCUCCAGUGCAGAAUCACAAGCUAUCGACGAAUGGUAUAAUAAUCAUUCUACCCGC